UGGUGUGAUCCAUACAGACAAGUAACUAACAAAACGGCCGUGUCCGUUGCUUCCAUUUGCUAGCUCCCAUGGCGGUGGCGGCGGUGGCGGCGGCGGAGAACAAGAACGAGACGACGCGGCCACUCGCGGUGCCAUCCCCGUCGGUCCACCCGGCGGCGAGCGACGCGGAGGAGGAGGCGCAGGCGGAGAGCAGGUGGCGGUCCGCGCAGUACCUCCGGAAGCGCCGGCGCGCGCUCUGGUGCUGCGGCUGCUGCGUGACCACGCUGGUCGUCGUCGGCCUCGCCAUCCUCGUGCUCGCGCUCACCGUGUUCAGGGUGAAGGACCCCCGCACCACCAUGAACGGCGUCUGGGUGACGGCCAUCAGCACCGGACCCGGCUCCGGCGGCCCCGGCGUCGGAAGCACCGUGGCGACCAACGCGACGCUCACCGCCGACAUCUCCGUCAAGAACCCCAACAUCGCGUCGCUCCGGUUCUCCCGGAGCGAGACGGACGUGUACUACAAGGGGAAGACGGUCAGCGUGGCGUACGUGCCCGCCGGCGAGGUCGGCGCCGACAGGACGGUGCGGAUGAACGUCACCAUCGACCUGCUCGCCGACCGCCUCGCGUCGGUGCUCAACGGCACGGGCCUGAUACUUGGGCAGGAGUACGACCUGAGCACCUACACGGACAUGAAGGCGAGGGUGAACGUGCUGGGCAUCAUCAAGAAGAACCUCGAGAUUCGGAUGAACUGCUCCAUCAUCUUGGAUGUCUCGGGCAUCGCCGGCGCGCUGGUGCCUGGCGGCGGGGCUGCGUCCGGCGUGCAGACCAAGGGCGUGGAUUGCGUUGCAAGAGUAAGCUACUAAGCUAAUUACAGCGUGAUGAGACACUUCCAUCAUGGUUUUUUUUUCCUGCUUUGGUCAUUUUCAUUGUGUGAAUCACGACUUCUUUGCCACACCUCACUAUGUAGAGACCUCCGCUGUAUAUGUAGUUUCUGGAUAACUAUUAUGCCACUUGUGUUGUGUUUGCAGCCUAAAUUCUCUAUAGUUAGGUAAUACCCGGAAGCGUUAUUUGCCUAUGUUUGAUGAAA